UUCCGUUGACGGAUUUAAAUGUUUCAGGAACUCCUCCUAGAAAGGGACGCAAAGACACUCUACGGUUGUCAGGCUGGUAACUAACGACACAAGUCUCUGUUUUGGUAAGAAGAUAAAGUGAUAAAGAUCCAACACUGGUUUAGAAUAUUUGUUGAAAACGACUGGGUUCGUCCUCAACCUCGUCGUGCUGGACUCUCAAACAUUCAGCAGUUAUGUCUUCGUCCAAAGAAGAUGCGUUAUCCCCAGAUGAGUUAAGAAAAAGACUCUAUCAGACUUUUAAAAAUAAAGGAGUACUCGACACCCUCAAAGCCCAGCUACGAAAUCAGCUCAUCCGUGAGUUAAAACAUCAACCUCUGACUGGACAGGAACCAGUUCCCAGGCCAGUCCCUGUGAAAUCUGAACCGAUUUUAGUUUCAGCCUGUAACAGCAUAGUAGCCGAUCAUCUCCGUAUCUCGGGGUUUGAGUACACACUUUCUGUAUUCUACCCUGAAAGUGGCUUGUCUAAAGAAAAGGAUUUCUCUAAAGAAGAUCUAAUUCAGCUUUUAAAAAUUAGUCCCAAAUCAGCCCUUUACACAUCCUUGCAUUCAAAUAAAGACAAAGGGUUCCUGAUCAGUCUUCUCACAGAGCUAACGCACCACCAUGACCACAGCCUGCACCAUGAUGCUGACACUCAGACAACCAGCUUGUCAAGUUAUGGGGAGUCUCUUGUGGAGAAGAUGAAAAUGAUUGAUAAAGAGUAUGAAGGCCUCAGCGGCAGCGAUGGCAAAAUGUUUUCGUUCCAGUCAAAACUGGCUGCAUAUAGAAAAGAAACCGAAGCACAGAUGGAAGCAGAGAUGAACACAAAGAUGCAACACUUUAAAGACGUCGAAAUUGCCAAGGUGAGGCUGGAAGAAAAAUCCAAGUUUCAUAAAGAAUUCGAUAAGCUGAAGCAAGAGCUGGAGAGGACUUAUGAAAUGAAGGCAAAGGCACUGAUGGACCGGGAGAAAAAUGCUAUUGAUCGACUACAAAAACAACAAGAGAUUGAAGAAAAAAAUGUCUACAUGCAGAGACAAUCAGUGUUGAAAGAAAUCGAAACUGUCCGCAACAGAGAAAAUGAGCUGAGGAUGAGGAUGGAGGCUUUUGAAAAGACUUGUCAGAUUCAUGAAGAGAAGGUCAAAACUGCUGAAGAGCUUCUGAGGAGGAGAGAACUGGCCGUGAGGACUAUGGAGGACACGUAUGACCAGAGGCUGAAGAACGAUCUUUCCAGGUAUCAGCUUGAGCUGAAGGAGGAAUUUAUCAAGAGAACAGAAAAACUCACAGAAAGUGAGAACAGAAACAAAGAAGAAACUGUUCGUAUCCAAAAGGAGUCAGCUUUAGUCAACUCCAAAUUAGACGACCAUAACAGAGCAUGUUCAGAGCAGAAACGGCUGCAGGUUGAGCUAGUCACAGCCCAGCAGCAGAUUUCUCUGCUCACUCAACAGAAGGAGCUGUUAAGGGAACGACUAGAGACCAUGAGUGACUACCCCAGCCUAAAGAGAGACAAAGCAGAGCUGCAGGGGCAGCUGCAGCUGCUAAAGAAGCAGCUGGAGGAUGCCCAAGAGGAGAGCCGGCUCCUCCGUGCAGAUAUGGCCAAGCCAUCCAAAGAGCAACUGGCUUUGCAGAUGGAGCUUCGGAGGCUGCAGAGCGCUCGCAAACUGGAUGAGGACGAGUUUGAAAACCAGAAACAGGUGCUGCAGACGCAGCUUCAGAGUGAGGUGGAGCGGAGUGCUCAGCUCAAGGCUCAGCUGAUAGAGUGCGAAGAGAAGUUACAGUGGAUGAAUAACCACGUUGAGGACAUCAAAAUGCAACUUCGCCAAACUCAACAAGCUCUUGAAAACGAAGUGCUGCGUAAUCCCAAGCCCUCCCUUGUCGAUCGCUCAGUGCUGGAGCUCAGUGUUGACAAGCUGGUUCCCCCUGACAUCUAUGUGGACCGACCUCUGCUGAGGACCAGGUUGGGUUACGAUGAUGUUUGUGAAGCAGGUGGGCCCUUGCGAGGACACAAAUCUCUUUGGAACGACAGCCCAGACUCAGACCUGGAGAUGGUGGCCGAAGCCAAGGCUCGGAUCAAGGAGCUGCAGGAGGAGGCCGAGACCUUGGAGGAAGCCUACAGGAGCUACCAGCAGAGGGCAGUGCACUCCACUAUCUCACACAUGCUUCCCGCAAGAACGUUUUCCCCUCAACAUCCAUCCGAUCGCCCCGACUCUCCACAUAGAAAACAGCACUCUUAUCAUUCACAUGCCCACUCAGCCCACAGAGCACAGACCUUACAAGUUACACUCUCCCCCCAUAAAAUCCGAUCCCACUCCUACGACACCAGAAACACCUCACCACCUGCUCAGACAAGAGUGACCUUCUCAGAAGACCACUAUCACCCCAAGGCAACAGUUUUCGCCGACCACAGUCUCCACUCAUGGACUGAGCCUUUGUUCCAAAGAGAUGGACACCUUCAGGAUGAAGGCUUCGUUCCAUCAAAACGCCUUUCCUCCACUCCACGCUCUUCUUCCAGAACUAAACUUCAAACAGAGAUUGUGGAAGAAGCAGCUGUGUCUGUAGUACCAUUCCCCGAUCUGACGUCUGACGGACAGCUCUGUAAUGCCCCCCACAAUGAGGCGGUGACCUCGGGUGACUUUUCCUCUGAGUUCAGUCCACCUCGCAGUCCUCAGCUCAAGAGCACAGCACGAGACCAAUCCAGUCCACCGAAGCUACAGGUAGACUUCUCCAGCUCAGAUUCUUCCCCUCAGCCUGAGAAGAUAAACCUUGAAGAUCUCACAGGUUUAUUGACAGAGCCCAGCCACAUUCCAGAGCUUCUCCUGGACACUGCUGUCCCUCUCUCUGAGGAGGCCCCUGGCGGCCCCGCUGCCUCCCUCCCACAGGACCUCCCAGAAGACCCAGUAGACUCGCUGGGCCAAGCGGAAGUCCUACAAAGUUCAGGAGAACCUGCCAGCAGGGCAGAAGACGAAAAAGACGAGGAGCAAAGUUGGGAAAGAAGGCGAAAAGAACGACAAGAACAGCGACAACGGGAGCAAGAGGAAGCCAGAGAGCGAGAGCUGCAAGAGCUUGAACGGCUGGAGAAAGAGAUGCUUUUGCAAGAAGAGGAGCAAAAACAACACAAAGAAGAAACUGUCGUUAAGAAAGAGGGAGACGAUGAGCAGAAGGAGGAGGUAGACAGGGAGGAGUCCAAAGGUGAAAAUCCACUGGAGAAAUACAUGAAGAUGGUCCUGGAAGCAAGAGAGAAGCAGCAUGAGCAAAGCCUUGGUAGAGAGGAGGGAGGACAUACGAGCCCAGAAGCCAAGAGUUUGUCCGAAGAGAAAGAAGCGAGCAUCGCAGCAUAUUCACACAAGGAUGAAGAUGAUGAUUUCUGGUGAGCUCAUUAUCCCCGACAAAAAACUGAAUUAUACAAGACUCUAAAACGGCACAAAAAUGUUCCUUCUCGAUGUGUAUAUUUUCCUUUCUGUAUUGAUUGCAUAUGUGUAAAUAAAUGUACUUUUUUUUUUAA